CCAAACACGACUUCUUCUCCCCAUUCAACCAAGAAGGAUUUACGACCAUGGCAGAGCAGGCUAUCACACAAGGUGCUAUCAGGGGCAUUUUCAGCCAAGAUGGAAACAGCGUCGAGCAUCCUAUAUUGCAAUGCGUGCAGAUCAGGCCGAUGGAUCCCAAGGCGGGCGACUCAAAUUCCGUGCAGCGUUUCCGCGUGGUGUUGAGUGAUAUCCAGAACUUUAUUCAGACCAUGAUCGCGACAGGUAUCAACGACAUCGUGACCUCUGGCAAACUGAAGAAAGGCUCAAUCGUGAAGCUUCUGAAGUUCAACGCACAACAAGUAAAAGAGAAGAAGAUUCUCAUCCUCAUGGAGUUGGAUGUGCUUUCGGAGUACGGCGAGCCCGACAAGUUUGGGCAGCCGGAGGCGCUCGAACUCAAGGAGGACACCAAGCAGCAACCUGCAGCUAUCUCCGGCAAUAACUUCUACGGCAACAAGCCAGCCCAGCCUCAACAGCAGCAGCAGCAGCCACAGCAGCAACAGCAACAGCAGGGUCGAUCGCUUCCCCACCACCAGAGCCGUCCGUCCACAUAUCCAAACCUCUACCCCAUCGAAUCUCUCUCGCCAUACCAGCACAAAUGGACGAUUCGAGCACGCUGCACACACAAGGGCGACAUGAAGACGUGGCAUAAUACGAAGGGCGAGGGGAAGCUGUUCAGCGUCAAUCUGCUUGAUGAGACGGGCGAGAUCAGGGGAACUGCGUUCAAUGAUGUUGCGGAAAAGCUCUUCUCCAUAUUCCAGGAAGGAACCGUCUACUACAUAUCGGCACCGUGCAGGGUAUCGCUCGCCAAGAAGCAGUUCUCUAAUCUGCCAAACGAUUAUGAACUCCAGUUCGAGCGGGAUACGGAGGUUGCAAAGGCUGAGGAUCAGGAGAAUGCGCCCCAGAUACGAUACAACUUCACCAAGAUUGGUGACCUUGAGUCGGUCGAGAAGGACACCACGAUUGACACACUUGGUGUGUUGAAGGAGGUUGGCGAGGUUUCGACAAUCACUUCGAAGACUACCAACAAGGACUUCAAUAAACGAGAACUCACCAUUGCCGACGACUCUCAGACAUCGGUCAGACUCACCGUCUGGGGCAAUGUGGCUCAGACAUUCGAAGCGCCUCUCGAGUCGGUGAUUGCAUUCAAAGGAGUAAAGGUAUCAGACUUUGGUGGUCGAAGCCUUAGUCUUCUCGCAUCAGGAUCGAUGUCCAUUGAGCCUGACAUCGAUGAGGCACAUAAGUUGCGAGGCUGGUAUGACGGUGUAGGCAGUACCGUUCAAUUCGCCACACACCAAAACUCCAUGAAAUCUGGCGGCGGAGGAAAGCAAGACUACAAGUUGAUCUCGCAAGUCAUAGAAGAGGAGGCCUAUAUGCAAGACACACCGACAUAUUACAACAUCAAGGCCUCUGUGCUUUUUGUUUCACACAACUCGACGAUUGCCUACCCAGCCUGCCAGACACCCAAUUGCAACAAGAAAGUCAUCGAGGAAAAUCCUGACGAAUGGUGGUGCGAGAAGUGCCAGAUGAAGUUCCCCAAGCCAGAGUACCGCUAUGUCCUCAGAGUGAGUGUCGGGGACCAUACUGGUUCGCUCUGGCUGAGCAUGUUCGACGACGGUGGACGAACAAUUUUAGGCAUGUCAGCAAACGAGGCGGUUGCCAUGAAGGAGGAUGAAGGGAAAUUCAGCGCUCUCAUGCAAGAGGCAACCUGCCGAACUUAUAUCUUCAGGGUCCGAGAAAGGAUGGAGACUUUCCAGGACCAGCCCAAGGCACGAUACCAGGUACAAAGCAUCAACACCCUCAACUUUGCUGCAGAGGCAAACAAGCUGGCGGAGCUUAUCAAGCAGUACAACGUCGACGACAACAGCUUGUUUGUUCAGUAAUUCAGCGAUCAUGUACUUUGACGAACAUGGGAAAUAUUGUAAUGCGAAGUUGCUGGGCUUUGUCGUCCAAUGAGUGUGCUGUACAUUGCCUGACGAUAUUGCAACAACGGUGUGUUGGACCAGAUGGGGCAUGUCAUUGUGCCCACCGAAUCAGUCUUGCUAGAUGUGUAUAGAUUUUUACAUAUAAUCAUAAACACAAUGCCCACGAGUUUC